UCCAUGCGUCGCUCCCUCUCAGCUUCCCCCUCUCUCUCUCUCAUGAUCUCAUCACCAUCCAAGCUUGAUAAAGUUUGGAUUUUUCUCAGUUUGCCCACCUCUAUGAAUCUCUGCGAGCUGGUUUCCAUUGCUUUCGUCGCUCCAUUGUCGUGAUUCGAGAGGAAGAGGGAGGCUGAACAAUAGCAAUGGAUCCAAGGCAUAUUCUGGCCGGGAUAUUGACCCUCGCCAUGUUCGCCAUGCUUGGCAACAUGAUCAAAAAAGAUCACUUUGACUCGUUUGACGAUGGAAUUCGAUCGGAUGUCCACUUUAAUGUCCUGAAGGUAGAAUCUGAACUUCAAUCCAAGAUCAAUGGACCAUGGGAGGAAAUGAAGCAAGAGCUAAAACCAUGCUGGAAGCCACCAAGUUUAAAAGCUGGAGCUGAGUCAAAUGGUUAUAUAACACUAUCGUUAAAAAGUGGUCCUGAGUUUCACAUGCCUCAGAUUGCAGUUGCGGUUGUAAUUGCGAGGCAUCUAGGGGCCACACUUGUGCUGCCGGACAUCAGAAGUGGUGAACUGGGCCAGAAGAGGGAUUUCAAAGAAUAUUACGAUCUUGAUAAAUUUUAUAGCAGCCUGUGGGGUGUUGUUGAUAUAACUAGAGAAAUCCCAGCUGAUGUGGCAUCUGAAAACCCGACGGUAGUCAAAGUUCCCAACCAAGUGUCAGAAGACUUCCUAGUGAAGAACAUUGAACCGAUCUUCGAAAAAAAUCGCUACUUGAGACUUGCAAUUUCGUAUCCCUCAACAAAUAUGAAACUAGAAAUGAAACAGAAUGAUGACAUAGAGUCAACAACAUGCCUAGCAAUGUUCAGCAGUCUUGAGCUGAAACAAGAGAUUCGGGAAGUGGUCGAUCAGGUGGUUGAAAAUUUGAGGGCUCUUAGUAACAGAUCAGAUGGCAAGUUUAUCGCCGUUGAUCUAAAGGUCGAGCUCCUUGAGAAGAAAGCCUGCCAAGAAGUCGGAGCUUCAGGGAGGAAAAACUGUUACAAUGGAUAUGAGAUCGGUCAAUUUCUGAAGAAAAUUGGGUUUGAUACUGAAACCACUAUCUACAUAACUCAAACUUGGUGGCAUGAAAAUGCCAAAGCCCUGAAAGAUAUCUUCCCAAGGACUUACACCAAGGAUGAUGUACUACCUGAUGAUCAGAAAACUAAGUUCCUAAGAUCACAAAAUGUCGAGUUGGAGAAGUUGCUUGACUUCGAAGUGUGCUCACAGAGUGAUGUCUUCGUCCCAUCCAUGCCCGGCAUGUUCUAUGGAAGUGUGACAGGGAGAAGGAUCGGUUCUGGGAGGACCCAAAUACUCAUUCCAGCCAAUUUUCUGGCUUCGUAUGGUCAAGCUUCAGACCAUGUCUCAGCAUAUGUUUCUGAGAAGAAGCAUUUGGCCUACUCUUGCUUCUGUUGAAAAGUGAUUCAAUGCAUGUCAAAUACUUUGUACUUAAAUGAGCAUCUCUCACUAGAGCUUCAAGAGUUAAAAUGUUAGAAUCAGUAUUAGCUCAUCAGAAGUAGUAUGCUUCUGUAUGUGUUGCUGAAUCUAAAUAUAAACCAGUAAGAUGCUUGUUAUUAUGUCAGAAAUUAGCAGUUACAAUGUUUUUUGA